ACCCAUUAUUUCCCUAGCACAAGCUCGCUAUUGGUCUUCCCGGGGAGUCGUUUAUUGGAGAAGUUUUGCUGGAAAGUUCCCAUUUUUGUUCAUAGAUAUUCAUGAAAUUUAGCUUUUUUAUUUUUUUUUUCCUCAUCAGAAGUUUUCUUUUGAAUUCUUAUUUUGCUCUGUUCAUGGAUUGGGUCGACGCUAAAUUUAAAUAAGUUUACUGUAAUCCAUUUGAAAAAUCAGUUAAGCAGUUUUUUUGAUGACUUGCAAUUUUGUUUUGUUUUGUUAAUUAAUGUAAGAAAAUGUUAGAAUCCCUUGUUAUGUUGUUUCUGUUUCUGCUGCCGCUUCUGAUGCAAAUUUAUGAAUGGUUUUAUGAAUGGUUUUCUGUUUGUUGAGUUGUGUAGAUAAUCAAUUGUUUCGGAGUUAUUACUCUCUCCUGAUGGUAUAGUUUGGAAGGCCUGUAUUGAACAUCAUGGUUAAGUUAUUGUCAAACACGCUGUUGAAGGAGGGCAUUGAAGGUAUCCAAGCUGCUCGAUCGAGUAGAAUUGUAUCUGCAUUAUUCUACCAAGAUCACGAGGUGCUUAGCUCAUGUUCCCCACGAUCCGGAUACACAUGAAGAUUUUAGACCCAACAAUAAGCUGCAGGGUUCUGCUGUUUCUUUGAAGGAUGUUGUUGAGCAGGAUGUCAAGGAAAACCCUGUGAUGAUCUACAGGAAAGGAGUUUCUGAAUUUCCUCAAUGUGGAUUCAGUUCACUGGCAGUAAGGGUGUUGAAACAUUACACUACUGGCCAACAUUUCCUCAGAUAUUCAUUAAGGGAGAGUUUAUUGGGGGUUCAGAUAUAAUUAUGAAUAUGCACCAGGGUGGUGAACUGAAAGAAAAGCUUAAGGAUAUUGGUGCUAAGCAGAAGGCUGAAUAAUUUGAUUUUUGAUCACUUGAGUAAGUCAUUGGUGCUUUUUUAAUAGUCCAUUGUUCUUUUUAUAUGUAGUGAGAUGGAAAGUUGUCAAGUUUAUUUAAGAGUUGUUUAGGCCUUUCAUUGUUGUACCAUACAUGUGGCAUCCUUUAUAAGAGAAAUAGACUUAAUAAUCACUUGGUUGGUCCCAUUCCCGCUUAGGCAACUUCUUUUCCAGAUUUAAGAGAAACAGACUUUGUUUAGUAACUUUCUCAAUAGAUCCAUGCCUUGUUGGCUUAACAUGCCAUCAUUAGACUUAAGAGUUGUUUAUGGUCUUACUCCUAGUUUCUAAGAGGGUGAGAUUUUAGUGCUAAUUAAGUAGUAAUACAUAAAAGAGGCUUGUAAGGGAUUUUCCUGUACCUUUUAAGUGGUACACAUAAGACGAAUAGCAGCUGCUUGCUCAUGUGGAUUACUACUAGAGGACUUGUUUGUUUUGUGAAACUCUAAAGAGUCGAUGUACCUAAGAAUUUGUUUACAAAGCCUCAUAAUUAUAAGGUACUUUCAUCUAACCUUAAUAAGUUUCCUGUAUGAAU